GGUGGGGGGGGUCUGUUUGUAGUACUCUCAGUCCUGAUGUCACAGGCGCGGCAAGGACAUCGCAAGGAGGAGUCGGAUUACAGUAAGGAUGGGCAGCGCAGCAGGCAGCCCGAGCGCACGCUCCAGCGGCCGGGGAUCAUAGCCCUGGAAGGGCAGCCUGCGAGGCGCUCAUCCCACGGAGCAGGCACGCUCGGCGCUCCUGCUGUCCACGCUGGAGACGUUUCCACCGAAUGUAGCAUGAAACGGCGCUGCUUGGCGUGCCAGCCUGGGGUGCGAGCUGAGGCUGAAGACGCCGCCGCGGUGGGGUUCCAGCUGUCUGAUUAAUGAGAAACAUAAUGUAUUUUGGUGGUACAUGCCAGAGUCCUGCUCUCCCAGCCCUGGUCCGUACACCAGCCCCUCCUUUGCAACCAUCGCUGGAUAUUAAACCGUUUCUUCCCUUUCCUCUUGACACUGCAGCUGCAGUCAACCUCUUCCCUAAUUUUAAUGCGAUGGACCCGAUUCAGAAAGCUGUAAUAAAUCAUACGUUCGGGGUUCCUCUUCCUCAUCGAAGAAAGCAAAUCAUAUCAUGCAACAUUUGCCAGUUGAGAUUUAAUUCUGAUAGCCAGGCUGCGGCCCACUACAAAGGCACGAAACAUGCCAAGAAGCUCAAAGCAUUGGAAGCCAUGAAAAAUAAGCAGAAAUCUGUAACUGCCAAGGACAGCGCAAAGACUGCCUUCACCUCCAUCACUACCAAUACCAUCAAUACCAGCUCUGACAAAACAGACAGUGCCACAGGGACACCAGCAAUAUCAACGACGACAAGUGUGGAAAUCCGCAAAAGCAGUGUUAUGACAACUGAGAUCACCUGUAAAGUGGAGAAAAGCCCCACGACAGCCACUGGCAAUAGCUCAUGUUCUUCCACAGAGACAGAGGAAGAAAAGGCAAAGCGGCUUCUUUACUGUUCUCUAUGCAAGGUUGCAGUCAACUCCGCCUCGCAGCUGGAGGCGCACAACAGUGGUACUAAGCACAAAACCAUGUUGGAAGCACGAAACGGAAGUGGGACUAUCAAAGCGUUUCCUCGGGCAGGGGUAAAAGGCAAAGGACCUGUCAAUAAGGGAAACACGGGCCUCCAAAACAAAACAUUUCACUGUGAAAUCUGUGAUGUGCACGUCAACUCGGAAACACAACUUAAACAGCACAUUAGCAGUAGAAGGCACAAAGACAGAGCUGCUGGGAAGCCACCCAAACCUAAAUACAGUCCCUACAACAAGCUACAGAAAGCAGCACAUCCACUGGGGGUAAAAUUAGUAUUUUCAAAAGAACCAUCAAAGCCAUUGGCUCCCAGAAUUCUUCCAAACCCAUUGGCAGCUGCGGCAGCUGCUGCUGCUGUAGCUGUGAAUUCUCCCUUCAGUCUCCGAACUGCUCCUGCAGCAACACUGUUCCAGACCUCUGCACUCCCGCCAGCACUCCUGCGGCCAGCUCCUGGACCCAUUCGGACGGCCCACACUCCUGUGCUGUUUGCUCCCUACUGAAUUCCAAAUAGGAGUGAUUGUACUGCAAUAAUUUUUCAAAACACAAAACAGAAAAGCAAACAAAAGAGAACUAUGCAGUGUUUAUUUAUAGUUUAAAGUAUAUAUGAAGAGCCAGGACUUUUGAUAGUAAAUUGAAAAGAUUAUUAAAAGUGGGAGGGGACUGGGGGUGGGAGGGAGGGAGUGAUAUUUUCUCCAAAUUAAAGCAUUCCUCUUGAACAUUGUUUUAGAAGUGAUCUCCAGCACUGACUCGUAGUGGUAUCUAGAACUUCUGAGCCUUUGUGACUGUGCUUUUGGGCACUUACUUCCCCCCUGCAUUGUCUUUUAUGCUUUAUGAAAAAAUUACACAUUGUCUAAGGGCAUUAACUGGUUCCAAUGUAUAUAUAAUAAUUUACUCUGUAGAUUAAAGUAAUACAAAAAUGGAAAAAUAUUACAAAAAAAGAACAAAAGCAACACUGUGAAUAGUAGUACCCGCGCUGGUCCUCUCGCUCUGACAGCAGUUGCUGGGUAUUUAUCCCAACAAAGUAGAUACAGUAGAUGUCUUGUAAAACAAUAGUGCUGUGUCUCAAUCUAUGCCAUUAGGAUUUAAAGAACUGUAAAAGGUAGAGUGAACAACUAUGUCAUACAAGUAAGCAGUAUAAAAACAAAUACAAUAAACACCAAAUGGUGUCAUGGAGGCCUUCCUGGUCAACAUUCUGCCCUCCUGUCCAGCUUGGAGUUAGAACAGGGCUAUACUGAAAGGUGGGAGAGGCAUUAAUAAAGCUAAUUUCUUACCACAUUCCCCGCCCUGAAAAAGUAUUGCUGGAAACGGGGAACGCUUUGUAAUGAGUUUAUAUCUGAACACAGAUAACCCAUGUAUCAUGGGUAUUUAGAAAGAAAUCAGUACAACCAUUGUGUUUUGAAGAGCAGUUGUAACCUCAGAUGACCUCUCAUCUUUCAGGUGAUGCAAGGUAAAGAUCUUUCAUGUGAGUACAUAUCUUAAAAAAAUGAGACUAUUAUAUCUCUGCAGUAUGCCCUUUAUAUCAUACCAGUAGGCUUGUCUCAAGGUUUCUGCUUUAAAUAUGAUGGCAGAAUUAAGCAUUAGCUAUUGUUGUGGGUUUACGAUUUUUAAGAUUUUCUACUGACAUGAUAUAAACAUAUAAAUAUUAAGAACCAUAACAAACAUAAAUCUGAAUUAAUUGCACACCUAUGAUAGAGUGCUAAAAAGUACUGGUAAGGUCCACUGCUUCUCUAGUGGAGUUGUGAAGUACUGACAGGCUUUGAUAUUCACCCUAAAGCUGAAGGGAGUUGAUGUUUUACCUUAAAAACAAGAUUUAUCAGGGGUAUAUAUAAAUAUAUGUAUAUUGUAUAUAUGUUAGAAAGAGUAAGAGAAUAACUUAUAAAGAGAAAAAUCUAUAUAAAAUAAAUCUAUAACCAUUCAGUGUUACAUGUUAUCAUUAAAUUGGUAACAAAUGUCAUAAGAUAGCUGUGCCUUUAAUUUGAGAUAAAGGCUAUUUGCGUUUUCCCAUAGAAAGCGAACAUAUAUCUAUCAUUACGAUGGGACUCAAUGCAGCCAGUCUGUUGCAUUAAUAAGAACAACAACACUCAAAUACAAAGCAAGUAAAAAUCAUAUACAAGUCAACCCUAUGUGAUUUAGGUGUAGAGAAAAAUUAUUUUUUGAAAAGGUUUUGUAAAGGCUAUUUAAAAAUGUAGGGAAGGGCUGGGCAUAGCCUUCCUGAAAUUACUCUUAUCUAAACUGUGGUGAUCUUCAAAGAGGUCUAAAGAAUCAAGGCAAAACCAUUGAAGAGAUAGGUAUUUAGCAUUUGUCCUUUUCUAUUUAAGAAACAUCCAUAGCGUGCUUGGUGCUCAACAUUAAACAUGGUCUUUGGAGUACUUCUCCUCUGUGUAGCUGUAGAAAUUUUUCAUAUAAAUGUAUCUUGAAGGCAGUUGGCUUUAUUUAUUUUUGUUAAACAACCAAAACAAAACAAAAAGGGCAAAAAAAGAAAAGAACAAAGAAGAAAGGAAGGAAGGAACAAAGGCAGAGGAGAAUAAGAGAAUGUAUUUUAACAGUUUUCUGGUGAGAAGAAUUCAAGCCAUGCCUUCAUUAAACAUAUUGGUUAGUGUUAAAAUUUGCUUCUGAAAGUGCAGUAUCUGUGAUUUUGCGUUUUCCAGUGUCCCUACUAUCUGAGCAAGUCUGGCUGCCUUUUCUGUUCUUUCCUUUCCAUCCGUCUCCUUUUGUCUUUUCUUUUUUUCUUCUGUUCCUACAGGUCCUACUAGUAGUUCAGUCAGGUGAACAUGAGCUUGUUACUUUGGGCUCUGUGUCUAUGCCAUUUGCCCAGCUUCUAAUCAUCUUGAAUUUCAUUUUUCUUUUUUGACAGUAUUAGAUAUUUUGCUCUCUCACUAUAUUCAUCCCUGUGUAGAAGUUUUUGCAUCUGAUGAGGUCUCCCUUUCUGUUGAAGAAUUUGAUGUUAAUUGAUGCAAUGUGCUUUUGUUGUCCUCCCCGUUUUUACCAAUGUCAAUGAGCCAAUCCAGUAGAAGUCAGGGCCUGUGGAUACAGAGUCGUGGGUCACAAGAUGUUACUGACUAGUGACUUGCUGGGAACAAACAAAUCAGCCAUACUUUCUUCAUCAGCCAUAUGAGAAAACUCAGAAAUACCUGGAUCCCUUCUGCCUCACUUCGCUAUGGAACCAUUUCUGUUUAAAUGGUCUCUUAAAUUGGAGUUGUAAACAUCAAUUGUCUUUUAUUCACUACCUAAUAAAGGAUGAAGCCUAACCAUAGAACUUA